AUGCAUACAUGCAAGCGUCAUAAUGGUAAUAAAAUAUUCAAUAAAGGAAGAAUAAUGAAUGCCGCCUUUAAGGAAGCCUUAAAAAUCUUUGAUUUUCAAUGUGCAGUCUUUCACGAUGUAGAUUUAAUUCCUGAAGAUGACAGAAAUAUGUACACAUGUCCUCAACAACCUCGUCAUUUAUCAGUAGCUAUUGACGAAAUGAAUUACAAAUUAGGAUAUGAUUUGUUAGUUGGUGGUGUAUUAAAUAUGAGAGUAGAGCAUUAUAAAACAGUCAAUGGUUAUUCUAAUAUGUAUGUUGGUUGGGGAGCAGAAGAUGACGAUAUGGCCUACAGAAUAGUGAAUCAGCAAGUAAAUAAGCAAGCCUUAUGGUGCGGGAACACGAACAGUCCUGGUCGUGGAUUUUUGUCGCUGACUCGAAUUAUGAGUAAGAUCUCACUUAUUCCAGCGCUUACACGAUUAUCGCAUUGA